UUUUUGCACUUCUAUUGUGUCAUUCCUAGUCAGCUGCGGUUUGUUUACAUUAGACGUAUUUUUGUCAAAAACCUAAAAUUUAGGACCUAAAUCAUCAAACAAAGUAUUUUGUUAUGAGAUAUAUGGCUUUUGGAUCAAGUGCAAUUAAAAUAUUUUAAAUAUUUAGAAAUCAAUAAAUUAUUACAAUUCGGUGGACGUAUGCGGAUUAUAUUAGCGAGGACAAAUAUGAUUAUUGCAAAUAAAAUCUCAUUCCAUAGUAUUAUACUUGCUAUAUAUUGGAGCACUGGUCUUGUGACAGGUGUUUCAGAACAGCCGCCCAAUAUUUCGAAAUUAGGAACAACUAAUACAAACGCUGAACUAUUUGAUUACAUGCGGUUGAAGGAUGAAACAGCAACUCGUGGUUUGCUUUACCCACGGGAGUCUGAGUCGCGUGAAGUACGCACGCUUGAUGGCAUUUGGCGAUUUUUGAGGUCAGACGUUAACAAUCCCAUGGAGGGGGUACGUAAUGGUUGGUACAAAGAUGAUUUGGAUAAGGUAAAACCAACGCUUCCAAUGCCAGUGCCCUCGAGUUACAAUGAUAUAAGUCCAGAUAGUGAUUUGCGUGAUCACAUUGGAACAGUAUGGUACGAAAAAAAGUUUUUUGUUCCUCACUCGUGGAACACUGAUCAACGCAUUUGGUUACGUUUUGGUAGCGUUCACUACGCUGCCAUAGUUUGGGUUAACGGGCAAAAAGUUAUGUCACAUGCAAUUGGACACUUACCCUUUGAGGCGGAAAUAACAGGUGUACUGAAGUUUGCUUCUGAAAAUAGAUUAACGGUUUUAUGCGACAACACACUUUUGAAUUCCACGAUACCACAAGGAACAAUAGUCGAAGAGGAGAAUGAUUACGGAAAGGUAAUAGUUCAGCAGUACACCUUUGAUUUCUUCAAUUAUGCAGGAAUUCAUCGAACAGUUCAUUUAUAUACCACACCGUCCGUUUACAUUGAGGAAAUCAAAGUCUCAACCGAUUUGACCCAAAACCAUGUCGGUAUUGUGCAUUAUGAAGUGGGAGUGAAUGGUAACGACAAAAAGACUGUAAUUUAUGAUCCACCUAUUGAUCCUCUUUAUAUUCAUGCGCAGUUGCGCAACAAAGAAGGAAAAAUAGUAGCUCAUAGUGUAUCCAAAAACGCCUUUAAUGGGUCGAUGAUCGUAAAGGAUGUUAUGCCAUGGUGGCCUUACCUAAUGAAUCCCGAGCAUGGCUAUUUAUACACCAUAGAAAUAUACUUACACGCUGUGGACGAUUCAUUGCUGGAUGUAUAUCGUAUGAAAAUUGGGAUCCGUACAUUAAAAUGGAAUAAUUCUACUUUGCUUUUAAAUGAUGCCCCCAUAUAUUUGCGUGGUUUUGGACGACAUGAGGACUCAGAUAUUCGAGGGAAGGGGCUUGACUUUGCACUUAUGAUUCGUGAUUUCAAUUUACUAAAAUGGAUUGGAGCUAACGCAUACCGUACUUCUCAUUAUCCGUAUUCAGAAGAAUCUAUGCAGUUCGCAGAUGAACAUGGCUUUAUGAUCAUAAAUGAGUGUUCGGGCGUAAAUGCAGACAUUUUCGAUCAGUUGCUGUUACGAAAUCAUAAAUCCUCCCUGGAACAAUUAAUACACCGCGAUCGCAACCAUGCAAGCGUAGUUAUGUGGUCCAUAGCAAACGAACCCCGCUCCUCUCAUUCCCAGGCUGAUAAUUACUUUAAAAUUCUAUCAAACUAUACGAAGUCGUUGGAUCCUUCACGACCUAUCACUGCUGCUUUAAACGUGGAAGCCAAAAAAGAUAAGCUGGGGCAAUAUUUGGAUAUUGUGAGUUUCAAUAGGUAUAAUGCAUGGUACCAAAACACUGGUAAUUUGGAUAUGAUAACCAAACAUGUAGAAGAUGAAGCUACAUUGUGGCAUGAAAUGCAUAAUAAACCUGUUAUAAUGACCGAAUAUGGCGCAGAUACUUUUGAGGGAUUGCAUUCUUUACCGGCAUAUGUUUGGUCGGAAGAAUAUCAGCGAUCACUACUUGGCAAGCAUUUUAAAGCUUUUGAUAACCUUAGAUCUCAAAAGUGGUUUAUUGGUGAAUUUUUGUGGAAUUUCGCAGAUUUUAAAACCGCUCAAACUUUUACUCGUGUUGGAGGAAAUAAGAAGGGGAUUUUUACUCGUAAUCGCCAACCAAAGUCGGCAGCAUAUCUUCUUCGUCAGCGUUAUUACAGUUUAGCCGUGGAACUCGAUCAAUGUGAGGUACCUCGGGAUAUUUUCGAUUACAUUAUUCACUGGCAAGAAAAACCACCUUUUAUAAGAGAUUAUGAUGACUUAUAAUAAUCAUACUAUCUAAAAUCAUACUAUCUUAA